GCGCGCGGAGGGGAGGCGGGCUCAGGGCUCUGGGAGGGCGUGCACGGCGAGGGGCGCAUGCAGGGCCCUGGCGCCGCGCUGCUCCGGAGAUCUGGGGAGCUGGAGCCCGCGCGCCGGGGCUCGGCGGUCUGGUUCAGCCACGAGCGCCCCGGGGGGGCACUGCCUCCGCAGCCGCCCGAGCCGCACACCAGUUCCCCCGUCUCGUGGCCCUGGGUGCGCCACUCUGAGUUCCGGCCGCCCAAGAAGCUGCGGUGGCCCGCGCACGCCUCCGCCCGGCCCGAGGAGGUUCGCGCAGGCGGCAAAUGUCGGGCCACCGGCUCCGCCUCUGCGCGCCGCCUACGCGGUGCCUCCGAGAAGCUCGACCAAGGCACCCAUGCCCAGGGCACUGCGGACCCCCGCCCCCUCGAUCCCCGGCCCGCCCAGGCACUGGAUGAUCCCCCGCCGUCGGACGGUUCCCUUGUCCUCUGGCGAGGAUUGUCCAAGACGCCUCACCACAUGGGCCGGCUCAGGAACGCCAAGAUCCACGUGGAGAGAGCUGUCAAGCAGAGGAAGAUCUUUAUGAUUCAAGGCCACUACCCUGUGAUCCGGUAUCUCUUGCGCAGGAGGGGCUGGGUGGAGAAGAAGAUGGUCCACCACGCUGCCACCACCCUGCCGCCACCCCAGAAAGAUCUAGAUAGCUCAGUGGUGGGUGACAGCGACACCACUGAGGAUGAGGACGACGAUGAGGAUGAAGAGUUCCGGCCACCACAGCUCUUCGACUUCGACGGUUUACUGGAAUUUGAUGACUUAGAUGGAACACACGCUCUGAUGUCCCGUAUGGUCCGGAACGAGCUCCCCUACUUCAUCUGGACCACUCGGCGGGAUGUGCUGGACUGCCGCUUCCUCGCGAAGGAUCAGAUGAUAAACCACUACGCUCGGGCUGGCUCCUUUACCACCAAGGUGGGUCUAUGUCUCAAUCUCCGGAACUUGCCGUGGUUUGAUGAGGCUGAUGCCGACUCCUUCUUCCCACGCUGCUACCGCCUGGGAGCUGAGGAUGACAAAAAAGCUUUCAUAGAGGACUUCUGGCUGACAGCUGCCCGCAACGUCCUCAAGCUGGUGGUGAAGUCUGAAUGGAAGCCAUACUCUCUCCGGGUAGAAGAGGAGGAGGCCUCAGGAGACAAGCAGUCAAAGAAACAAGAGAAAAGGCCAGCGACGGUGUCCUCCCAGUUUGUGGACGAAGCUCUGUGUGCGUGCGAGGAGCACCUUAGCAACCUGGCCCACAUGGACAUCGACAAGGACCUGGAGGCCCCGCUGUACUUCAGCCCUGAGGGCUGGUCCGUCUUCCUCCACCGCUACUACCAAGUAGUCCACGAGGGGGCAGAGCUCAGGCACCUGGACACCCAGGUCCAGCGCUGUGAGGACAUCCUGCAGCAGCUCCGGGCCGUGGUGCCCCAGAUGGACAUGGAAGGGGAACGCAACAUCUGGAUCGUGAAACCAGGAGCCAAGUCCCGCGGACGAGGCAUCAUGUGCAUGGACCACCUGGAGGAGAUGCUGAGGCUGGUGGACUGCAACCCCAUGAUGAUGAAGGACGGCAAGUGGGUGGUGCAGAAGUACAUUGAGCGGCCCCUGCUCAUCUUCGGCACCAAGUUCGACCUGAGGCAGUGGUUUCUGGUGACUGACUGGAACCCACUUACCGUGUGGUUCUACCGUGACAGCUACAUCCGCUUCUCCACCCAGCCCUUCUCCCUGAAGAACCUGGACAACUCGGUACACCUGUGCAACAACUCCAUCCAGAAGCACCUGGAGAACUCGUGCCAUCGGCAUCCACUGCUGCCCCCCGACAACAUGUGGUCCAGCCAGAAGUUCCAGGCCCACCUACAGGAGAUGGGGUCCCCCCACGCUUGGUCCACCAUCAUCGUGCCUGGCAUGAAGGCUGCCGUGAUCCACGCGCUCCAGACCUCCCAGGACUCCGUCCAGUGCCGGAAGGCCAGCUUUGAGCUCUACGGUGCCGACUUUGUGUUCGGGGAGAACUUCCAGCCCUGGCUGAUUGAGAUCAACGCCAGCCCCACCAUGGCACCCUCCACGGCCGUCACUGCCCGGUUGUGUGCUGGUGUCCAGGCCGACACGCUGCGCGUGGUCAUCGACCGGCGGCUGGACCGCAGCUGCGACACAGGAGCCUUCGAGCUCAUCUAUAAACAGCCUGCUGUGGAAGUGCCCCAGUAUGUGGGUAUCCGGCUCCUGGUCGAGGGUUCCACCAUCAAGAAGCCCAUGGCGCUGUGUCAUCGGCGGAUGGGGGUCCGCCCAGCACUCCCUCAUCUGCUGCCUCAGCGAGGCUCUGGGGAAGCCCCUUACCACCCCGCCAGCCUCCACUCCAAGGCCCGGCUGCCUUCUCCCCGCGUGCUCCGACCCCAGGGGCGGGGCCUCAGACUGCAGUACAGCAAGCUGGUGGGCGCUAAGGCCCUGUCGACCACAGGCAAGGCCUUGAUGACUCUACCUAUGGCCAAGGUUUUGAUUUCCCUCCCAACUAAUCCUGACCUCAAGCUGGCGCCCUGCAUCCUGAAGCCAAGAAAGGCCGUGACUCCUAUCUGCCUUCGAGGCCCCCCUCUGGAAGUCCCUUGUGGCCUCUGCCCUCAGAAGUCGGAACUCUUCCCAGCACCCAUAGGAAGGGCAAGGGCAAAGGCAAACUCAAGGCAACCCAAGGCUGAGGCAUACCCCGUGAAGAGGCUGAGCCUCCCUGAACCCCCGCCCUUCACUGAUACAUUCCAGAGACUGGGGACGUGGGAGCUAUGAGGCUGGGGAAGCCCUGCUUCCAUCCUCACUGCCCCUGUCCUGGACCCAGUGCCAAAUAAAAGGACAAAUGACGGCCCUGGGCUCGGCUCUGUUGCUGUUGGAAGCAGAGUCGGCAGGCAAGGCCCUCUGCCCUGAGGCCCAGGGCAGGGCGAGGCCAGCAGCAAGGCAUCUGUGCAGCAAGGCCCAACGCCCACCGGGGACAGUCCAAGCUUCCUGCGCAGGGACUGCCCCAGCAUCUGAUCUCAGGGUGGGGGAAUAAGCCUUCAUUUCUCAGACGAGGGAACUGAGAGUGCAAGAGGAGACGUGCCUCGCCCGCGGUCACGUGGCAGUGAGUCAAAAACAGGGACACACUGCCAGAGCUGCUGGGAGCCCCCCAAGCCUAGAGGACUAGGUGGCUGGCAGCAGUGACGUCCACUGGGCGUCAUGAUGACAUGAGACAUACCAGAAAGGGUAGACUGCCCAGACUCCAGCUCUUCUUCCCUUCAGUGGGAGGGAACGGGUCUGCCCUUUACUCAGCCAGGGGCCAAGAUGACCUAAAAAGAUAAUAUCCAACAAGCCGCACCCAUGGGGAAGAUAGGGUAUUUCCUAGCUGUAGUGGGUCGAAUCACAGCGCCACUAAAGAUAUGCCCACCUGGACCCUGGGAGCGUGACCGUAUGUGGGAAGAGUCCUUGCAGAUGUAGUUACAUUUUAGGUCUCGAGAUGAAAUCAUCCUGUAUUAUGUGGAUGGGCCCUAAAUCCAGCAACAUGUAUCCUUUUAAGAGUCACAAGAGGGGCCUGCAGGUGGCAGGUUGGUUAAGGCACUGGACUCCCACUUGGCUGGCUGCAGUUUGAAUUCUGGACCUGGUGGCUUGCUUUCUCAUUUUCUUUUUCUCUCUGGUCAAAUUAAAAAUAAUAAUAAAUACAAUUAUUUAUUAAAAAAGAAAAGUCAGAAGACAAGACACAUACUUGGAGGAGGUCAGGUGAAGAUAGAGGCAGAUUGGUGCCACAAGCCCUGCCAGUAGUAAUGACUAGGAAGCCUUCAGAGGGAGACGGCACUGUUGACACCUUACCUUGGGAACUUCUGACCUUCAGGACGGAGAACGUUCAUUGUUUUUGUUUUUUAUUUAUUUAUUUUUUGCUACAGGGCAUGUGCACUCAC